AUGGUCGACGGCGGCGCUGUAGGCCUCGGUGUACAUAUCGGGGGAGACGAGGUUGUGAAGGCCGUCGCUGAGACCGAAGAAGGGGAGAUCGAGGGUCAAGGUGACGAAGAAGUCCUGCUCGGCGAGCUUCUGAGCGUACAGGUUGGCGCUCUGCUCCUUGGUGGCACCCAUGGGGUGGCCGACGACAAUGGUGGGUUGGCUGGUGGUCGUGCUCAGGUUGUUGGCGAGGAAGAGGUUACCGGCGAUGGAGUUGUUAUACUUGGUGUUGAAGGUAAUGGGCUAGAGCUUGACGGACUCGCCGCGGUAGAAGUUGUCGGCGCCGAAAGACAUGUUCUGGGCAGCAACAGAACUGACAGCGGCCAGGGUUGA